AUGCAAGAUUGCAUUUGUUUAUACGUAAACCGCAGCGUGUGAAAUGGCCGCAACGUUCGAUUGACAGACAACUGCUCGCGUCGUUCGAAGAAAUGGAUAUUCACUCACCGCCUAGAAUUUCAUCCGAGGUGAACUUUACGGUGGACGACAUCACGAUCCACACGCUUAAUCACUCAGGAUACGAUAGGACACGCACGAAUGGUCGGUUAACACUUUCGCGAAACACCGAAAAAACGACGCAUUCGCAACGAAUCACCGUGGUAAAAUGCUCAGUCAGACGCGCGACCGUGCUUUGUUUUGAUGAAACGUCAACAUACGCACGUCAGCUAAACCAACCAAUCACGCCACAUGCGCUUCAAUGUAAAUACAACUACGUGAAUCAAAGCAGAAACGAUGCCAAUGACCAUGAUAGGUUCUUCUCACUACAUUAUUCACUGUAUUGUUAAAUACACAUUUGGAAUGAAAAUGAAGAUUCCAAAUAAUCGUUCAGGGAACGAUUAUGGAAAUGAAACAGGGAUUAUCUCUUACAUGGAUAAUAAUUUUGAAUCUGAAAUCGAUGUACAAGGAACAGAAGAAAGUGAUUUUUCUGAAUAUCUUUGGAUGGAAAAUGAGGAAGAAUUUGAUAAAGAGGUGAUUCAACAAUUAAUGGAAGAGGAGUUAACAGAGGAAUGCUUAAAAGCAAUGUGGGAAGAUGAAAGACAGCAUGAACGAAAUACAAAUUCUAUUGCUUGGUCCACUGCUACAAGCAUGCCUGAGAAUGGAACUGAACUUUGUCAACAGCUUAAUAAUCUAAAAAUGCAUGAUGAUCUUGCUAAGCAGAGUACUUUAAAUCCAAAUGCAGCUGAAUUUGUUCCAGCAUUUAAAUCAGCAGUAACAUCUGUAAGUACACCACCAGAAGUUACUGCAGAAUCAUCAUAGAAGCCAUACAUUCAUUUAUUUAACUGAAUAAAACAUAGGCUAUAUAUAUGGCUAAUGUUUACCAUCUUCAGUAACAGUUGUAUUAACUGAAUUGCAUUAAAAGUUAAAUGACUGUCCCUACACGUACAAAGGUAUAAUGAUUGUCAAAGCAGAUAAUACAUAAUGCUGUUAUAUGGUAUUUACGAAUAAUGAAAUCAGUUGCAUAACCAUAAAUUGAAAAAAAAUAUAUUCAAAUUUUUAUAGUUGUGAGAUAUUGCAUAAUAUAAACAUUUACUUUUAUUAUUAUAAACAUGUAUUUUUCGGCGAAUUAAUAAUGACAUAUACAAAAAUCACUUGUUAUAGAAAUUUGCAAUUUAUAUUUUUUAUUUUUAACUGAAAAAAAAUAUUUUCAAAGGUAAAUGUUUAUUCUAUACAACUUAUAAAUUGAGGCAGCAAAAAAAUAUACAUAUUACGAAUUUUCAUGAGUUACAUGUAUACACAUUCAACAAUGAAUUCUUGCAUCUAAGACAUACCUUUUUUUUUUAGUUCUUUCAGAAUGUUUCUUUUAUUCUGAUCUGAGAGUUUUUAUAUACUGUAAUAUGUGUUUCUAAAUGAAUCAAUUUUCUAAGAGUUCCUUUUGUAACACUUAUUUUAUACUGGUGUACAUCUUAUGUAAUCAUUAACAUAAAUUAAAAAUAUAUAUAUACAGAAGUCGUAAAGACUGAUGCAUUAACAAUGCAUCCAAUAUAUAUUUUGUUGAUAAAAAAAUACUUAAUGCAUCUAAUUAUAUGAGAAGAGUUUUAAUCUUUAUUUUUAUUGUCAGUUUUUUCAUUUAAAAAAAAACCUAUGUCAUAAUUCUGGUCCUCUAUCAGCAUAUGUCUUGAAAGACUUGAAGAUCUCAAGUGAAAGUCUUACACAGGCUGUGAAGGACAUUUUUUCUGACUUUUUUGUAGUAUUGAGAGUCAAUGUAUUACUUACUUCCUUUAAUUAAGUAAUAAAAUUUCUAUAAAAUAAUAUUUUGAAACUAAUUAAAAUAUGUGUAUGAAAUGUAAUAUUAUUGAAAAAUACUAUAAGUGGUGAGUGUAUUUUCCAUUUUAAUCAAAAUUCAAAUAACACAAAUAUAAUUUUUCAAUCCUUUUCAUUACUUUCUUAACUGAUUAAAUUUUGUGAACUAUCUUGUAAAUUUCAUAACAAUGAAAGUUUUAAACAACAAAAUUAUAUUUUAAUAAUAAUUAUACACGUUUGCCACUUAUAUGCUCUUUGGAUACACGUGUUAUGUACAAAUUCGAUUAACAUUUUUUGCAUUGUGAUAGAUACAUACUGUCAGGAUUUUAUAAGAUUGCAUGAACUAAAUUUGUAUUACUUUAGUCACAACAUACUUUACUAUAAAUGCAGCAACUGUGAUUAUGAAGUAAAUUAAAUAGAUUUAUCACAUAGAUUAUUCACAGUUAAAGAAUCUUAUUGAUUAUAUGCUUUACAUUAUUUUGCUUUUAAGUUUUU